GCCGACGUUGACCCACCUGUUUCUUAAUUACAGAUAAGAAGACUCCGACGGCGGCUUUAUUAUGUUUUUUUUUUCCUUUUCCCUAAAUAUUCACAUUGCUCCUCCCACCGGUAAAACUCUACACUACACAGAAUGUGGUGGCGGCGACGGCAAGGGUCAGCUCCAGCUCCAGCUCCUCUCCUUCUUCUUCUCAUAAUAAUCAUCACAACUCAUCUCCACCGUUCCUCUUCCGCAAUUGAUUUCCUCUACAAUUCAUUCAGCUCUACAACCAACAAAACCGACGUGAUCCUCAUCAAAGACUCCAAAAUAGACUCAAACGUGAUCAGUCUCAUCAACGAAUCCGAUCCAUUAUCUUUCGGACGCGUUUUUUACCCGCGAAAGCUCUCAAUCAUACCCGACCCAACUCAAAACCCGACCCGGCUCUCAUCUUUCUCAACUUCCUUUAUCUUCUCCAUCCUCCCUGACAUAUCAACAAGCCCUGGCUUUGGCCUCUGCUUCGUCCUCUCAAACUCCACAUCUCCACCAAACGCAAUCUCCAGCCAAUACUUCGGUCUCUUCACCAACACCACCGUCCGAUUCAACGCCCCUCUCCUCGCCGUCGAGUUCGACACCGGUCGUAACUCUGAAGUCAACGAUAUCGACGAUAACCACAUCGGAAUCGACCUCAACAACAUCGAAUCCACCAAAUCUGUAACCGCUGGGUACUACGAUUCUGUUAACGGCAGCUUCGUUCGCUUCAAUAUGCGUAACGGAAACAACGUUCGAGCUUGGAUCGAUUUCGAUGGACCUAACUUCGAGAUCAACGUCUCCGUCGCUCCCGUCGGCGUGGUUAGACCUCGCCGGCCGACGCUUAGUUUCCGUGAUCCGGUUAUCGCUAAUUACGUCUCGGCGGAUAUGUAUGUUGGCUUCUCCGCUUCGAAAACGAAUUGGGUUGAAGCUCGGAGGAUACUAGCUUGGAGCUUGAGUGAUACUGGAGCUCUUAAAGAUAUCAACACUACGGACUUACCUGUUUUCUUGCUGAGAUCUUCGUCGUCUUCUCUUUCCACCGGAGCAAUCGCCGGGAUCGUAAUCGGUUGUGUUGCCUUCUUAGGUCUAAUCGGAUUUGGGGCUUUUUUGAUUUGGAAGAAGCUAAUAAAAGAAGAGGAAGAAGAAGAGAUUGAGGAGUGGGAGUUGGAGUUUUGGCCUCACCGUUUCAGUUACGAAGAGCUCGCUGACGCUACUGACGUUUUCUCCAACGAUCGUCUUCUUGGAUCUGGUGGUUUUGGUAAAGUUUACAGAGGAGUUUUGCCUAACAAUAAUAAUGAGAUCGCUGUUAAGUGCGUGAACCACGAUUCGAAGCAAGGUUUGAGAGAGUUCAUGGCGGAGAUCUCGAGUAUGGGUAGGCUACAGCAUAAGAAUCUUGUUCAGUUGAGAGGAUGGUGUCGUCGUAAAAACGAGCUGAUGCUUGUCUACGAUUACAUGCCGAACGGGAGUCUUAACCAGUGGAUCUUUGAUAAUCCGAAAGAGCCAAUGCCGUGGGGGAGAAGGCGUCAGGUGAUUAACGAUGUUGCUGAAGGGCUUAACUAUCUUCACCAUGGAUGGGACCAAGUGGUGAUUCACAGAGAUAUUAAAUCAAGUAACAUACUUUUGGAUUCUGAGAUGCGUGGGAGGUUAGGGGACUUUGGUUUAGCCAAGUUGUAUGAGCAUGGUGGGGCUCCAAACACCACUCGCGUGGUGGGUACGUUAGGGUAUUUGGCGCCAGAGCUUGCGUCUGCGUCUGCGCCUACGGAGGGGAGUGAUGUGUAUAGUUACGGUGUGGUUGUGUUGGAGGUUGUUUGUGGGAGGAGGCCGAUAGAGUACGCGGAGGAAGAAGAUAUGGUGCUUGUGGAUUGGGUUAGGGAUUUGUACGGUGGAGGAAGAUUGGUUGAGGCAGCGGACGAGAGGGUGAGGAGUGAGUGUGAGACGAUGGAGGAAGUUGAAUUGUUGCUCAAGUUAGGUUUGGCUUGUUGUCACCCUGAUCCAGCCAAGCGGCCGAAUAUGAGAGAGAUCGUUUCACUCUUGCUAGGUUCGCCACAGGAGGAUUUGUUGACUGGACUUACGCCGGCCGCCGCUGCCGUAGACUCAUGAGUCUGCACACGCCUGAGUUGAUUUUUGCUUUGUCUUUGUCUUGUAAGGAAUAGUAAAGUUGAAACUGAUACAUAUGAUGGACUAAGAGGCCCGUUGAUACAACAGCUUAUUCAGAUGCAAUCAUGCAAGGAAAUUAGGAGACAUAUUUUUGUACAAUUGUUUUGUUUUUCCUCUAUACGGAUGUAAGUAACUCUGAUUAGUCAAGUGUUUAAAUUAUCUACAAUUCAGACACUUACUAUGGCAAAAUGAUAAAAAAAGUAAAAGUUUUUUUUUAUACGAGUGAGCCAAUAAUUACAAGCAGUAUCUUCUUCA